AACAAGCAAAAUAAACAAAAAUGGAGCGCCCGUCAGUUUGUGACGUUGCGGUGCUAUUAUGUGAUUAACUGAGAAUACAGGACAGUAUAAGCUGUAUUUUAUCUUUCCACAUAAUCAGCCACGGUGUAUUGCACCGUUAACGUCAUAUUCUACGUGUUAACAGUUGAAUCUGCACUCUGUGAUGAGCUGCUCGUGCGACAAUGGAUAGUGAUCUGAGCUCACAGGACAAGAAAGACUUGGAUAAAUUCAUCAAAUUCUUUGCUUUGAAGACAGUGCAGGUUAUAGUUCAAGCUCGACUUGGAGAGAAGAUCAGCACUUGCUCAUCUUCUUCACCGACAGGUUCAGACUGGUUUAAUUUGGCAAUAAAGGACAUCCCAGAGGUCACUCAUGAGGCAAAAAAAGCUCUUGCUGGACAACUGCCUGGCAUCGGGCGAUCCAUGUGUGUGGAGAUCUCCCUCAAAACCUCAGAGGGAGACUCAAUGGAGCUGGAAACAUGGUGUUUGGAAAUGAACGAGAAGGGUUGCAUUCUUUCCAGGUGUGAUAAGGACAUUAAAGUGUCCUAUACAGUUUAUAAUCGACUGUCUCUGCUGCUCAAGUCUUUACUGGCCAUCACAAGGGUGACGCCUGCUUACAAGCUUUCACGUCAACAAGGCCAUGAUUAUGUCAUACUCUACAGGAUCUACUUUGGAGAUGUGCAACUGACAGGUCUUGGGGAAGGCUUCCAGACAGUUCGAGUGGGUAUUGUUGGCACUCCGAUUGGCACCAUCACUCUGUCCUGUGCAUAUCGCACUAAUUUGGCUCUUGUGUCUUCAAGACAAUUUGAGAGAACAGGUCCCAUCAUGGGUAUUAUCAUUGAUCAUUUUGUGGAGCGUCCCUUCACUAAUAUGGCACACACACAUCCCUGCAGCUACAGAACACCUGGGGAAGAUGAUGGAGGGACUUACACAGGGAUCGAGGACUCUCAGGAGGUUUGCACCACAUCCUUUUCCACCUCCCCGCCAUCGCAGUGUGUGUGUACUGUAAGUCAGGCACAUUUUAAGACACCUAAGCCGGCUCUGAUGGCCACGCUGAAGGUUCCCCUCAUGGGGCUUGGCAUCUCACAGCAACUGUACAGCUCGCGUCUGUCAUAUCAGACUCCUCCUCUGGGAACUGUGGAUUUGUGCCAUCCUACAGCUUGUACUGGUGCUGCACAUCCUCACCAGAUGGUUGUUCCGGGUAAAGAUGGAGGAAUCCCACAGAUGCCGGCUCAGCCUAAUCACGGCACUGGUGCUGAGCAAGGUCGUAUCCCAUCAUGCCCUACUGGACAGCCCCCUCAGUUGCCUCCACCCACAUCUUGUAGCAGUGAGGUGAAGACAGUGUCCCCCUCUGAUGUUCUAGAGACAACCUUCACCAGGAAAGUUGGAGCUUUUGUCAACAAAGCCACCACCCAGGUAACGACAACAGGCCUGGAUCUUCCUUUUGCUGCAUUCGCUCCAAGAUCUUAUGACAUGGAGGAGAAUGACCCAAUGGUGCAUCCUCCUCCAUCUCCAGUCCCUUCAUCUCCACUGCAAGGGAGCCUUCACUCAAACAACUCGAGCCACAGUGGAGGGCAGCCAAAUGAUGACUUUGUCAUGGUUGACUUUAAACCAGCAUUCUCUAAGGAUGACCUUUUGCCAAUGGAUCUGGGCACAUUCUAUAGAGAGUUUCAAAACCCUCCUCAACUUGCGAGCUUGUCCAUUGAUGUCAGCGCUCAGUCUAUGGCUGAAGACUUGGACUCUCUUCCAGAGAAACUGGCCGUUUAUGAGAAGAACAUUGAUGAGUUUGAUGCAUUUGUGGACACUCUGCAAUAGAACAGAACAGAAAAUACAUUUGUCACAACCUCUUUUCUCUUCCUGCCUCCUUCACUAAAGCAUCCCCCAUUGGAUGUCUUCAUUAACCAUGUUUCAUGUCAGUUUUACCAUGUCCAAUGAGCUAUAAAGAGAAUCAUCUUUAGGGAAAAUAAAAGGUAUAAGGAGAAUCGUUGACAUCUUUUGUUAAAGGAAAAAAAGCGGCAACAAAAUUCCCACCCCUGUAUUUAUUAAGAAGAACUGUGUAAGUAGAGCUCACUGUAAUGAAUGUAUAAACCUUUAUCAGCCUUUGUUUUUCUUUUUAUUAUCACAACAACACAUCCAGAACAAGUCAAAGAAGCAAAUUCUGUCAUUGCAGCAGUGACACCAUCUGAAGACUCGAAGUCAUCCGUGUGAGAGAAAACUUGAAUAAUCUGAGAAUAAAUCCAGUUGUUUUUUUAAUAUAGGCUUGCACAUGAAUGGCACUACAGUGAACAUUGACAACAGUGAAUUGUGAGUCUGUGUAUGCUUACUUGCUUCUUGUAAAUGCAAUUUACCAUAACCUUUCAUCCUUUCUUUAAUUAGGGACAGUUUAUCACUUCUUGUCAGGUCUUUGAAUGGUGAGUUGUUUUUUUAAAGCUUUUGUUGGUAAGUCAUUAGGAGCUGGACCUUCUUCAAUUAUUUUAAGUGUCUUCUUUCUCCCCCACACUUUGUUAAUAUGGCAUGUACAUGUUGUGUAAUAAACUGAUUUAUUUCAAACAA